AUGACCCAAAUUCUCGGUAACGUCGCAGAUUGUGACGUAAACGACGUAAACUUGGCGAUAGAAUCUGCAAACGCAGCCCAGCAAGAAUACUAUAGCUCAACUACAGCCGCAGAGCGUGGCAAGCUGCUUCGAAAAUGGUACGACUUAGUCAUGGCGAAUGUGGAAAUUCUCGGAACGAUCCUAUGUCUCGAGAAUGGAAAGACGAUGAAUGAGGCCAAGGGAGAGAUAGUCUACGCCCCAGAUUUGAUCUCUUGGUUCGCUGAAGAAGCGACGCGAUCGUACGGUGACACGAUUCCGUCAUCGAUGCACAACACCAUGGUGAUAACUUUGAAAGAGCCAGUUGGCGUAUGCGGAAUAAUCACCCCAUGGAACUUUCCCGCGGCAAUGAUCACUCGAAAGGUUGCGCCCGAUCUCGCAGCUGGAUGUUCGGUAGUGAUCAAGCCCUCCAGCGAAACUCCGUUUACGUGUAUUGCUCUCACCAAGCUGGCAGUAGAUGCUGGAAUGCCUAGCAAGAUCAUUCAUACAGGUUGCGUCGGUGCUGGCGACAAAUCCACUUGUUCGCAAGAUCAGCUUCACUGGAUCCACCAGAGUCGGCAAAGAGCUCGCAAGACUUGCCACAGGAACUCUGAAAGAGUCAGCCUUGAGUUGGGUGGCAACGCCCCGUUUAUUGUUUUUGAUGAUGCAGAUAUCGAUCUUGCUGUUGAAGGAGCCAUGGUCUCCAAGUUCAGGUGCUCAGGUCAAACAUCCAUCUGCGCAAACCGCCUUUACGUUCAACAGGGAGUUGUGAAAGAGUUCACUGAAAAGCUUGUCAAGAGAGUAUCUCAGCUUCAACUAGGGCCUGGAGUUGUAGACUCUUGCACACAAGGCCCACUCAUCAACUCAUCCGCCAUUGAGAAGGUCAAGGAGCACAUCUCAGACGCUCUUGCAAAAGGGGCCCAGAUCGAAAUCGGAGGCUCGGCCCCGGAAGUACCUGGGUGUUUCAUAGAGCCUACUGUUCUCACUGGUGCGACGGAAGAAAUGAUAGUUGCUCAGGAAGAGACGUUCGGUCCUCUUGCCCCAAUAUUUGCGUUUGAAGAUGAAGAAAAGGUCAUCAAAUUGGCAAACCUGACAGAAUUCGGCCUGGCUGGUUAUUUCUUCUCCCGCGAUAUCGGCCGUGCGAUGCGUGUGGCUCAGAAGUUGAAAAUUGGCAUGUGUGGGGUAAACACGGGUAAGAUCAGUGCACCUGAGUCUCCAUUUGGUGGCAUCAAGGAGAGCGGAUAUGGGCUGGAAGGCAGUAAAUAUGGCACGGCAGAGUAUCAGGUUGUCAAAACCAUUACAUUAGGAAACCUUCACUUGUAA